AUGUUGUUUGUCGCGCUCGCGACGGUAGUCUUGGGGGCCGCUGUGCUCUACGCGAUAAAAGCCAUAUUAACCCCCAGACAGAUUCCUGCGCCAUUGCCACCAGGACCUAUAGGAAAGCCUCUCGUGGGAAAUAUCUCCGAUCUGCCACCUCCAGGCGCGCAAGACUGGAUUCAUUGGUCGAAGCACAAAGAGCUCUAUGGGCCGAUCAGUUCUAUCACUGUCUUGGGACAAACGAUUGUCAUAAUCAAUGACAAUGAAAUCGCGACCGAACUCCUAAAUAAACGCUCUGCGAUAUAUUCCUCGCGUCCAAAUCUAGUAUUCGCAUCACAAAUGGUGGGUUGGGAGCAUAUUUUGGCAAUGCAAACCUACUCUGACCGGUUUCGCGCUUACCGUAAAGCCAUGCAACCAUACCUCGGUUCAGAGACAGCGAUUUCCCAGUAUAACUCCUUGCAAGAAGUCGAGGUCCACCGUUUCCUGCUGCGUGUGCGCCAAGACCCAUCAAAGCUUAGCCAGCACGUCCAGACGGAAGCAGGGGCAAUCAUUCUCAAAAUUGCCUAUGGUUAUAACAUUGAGCCUCAUCAAGUAGAUCCGCUGGUUCAUAUCGCGAAUCUCGCCCUCGAUCACUUUUCCAAAGCUGGAACCCCGGGCGCUUGGUUGGUGGACAUGAUACCAAUUCUGAAAUAUGUUCCUAUCUGGUUCCCAGGGGCUGGUUUUAAGCGCACUGCGCAGGAAUGGAAGAAGAACCUUGAGACUGUUAUGGACAAGCCGUAUGCCUUCGUUCGCAAACGUAUGGAUGCUGGCGAGUUCCAGCCAUCUUACCUCGCGAAUCUUUUCAAGGAGUCGGGUUAUCCACCAGUUGGGUCCGAGGAAGAGCUUGUAGCCAAAUGGACAGCCGGGUCUCUUUACACGGGGGGUGCUGAUACCACCGUUUCUUCUAUUGAGACAUUCUUUAUGGCAAUGACCGCAUACCCUGAAGUGCAACACAAGGCUCAGGAGGAACUUGAUCGAGUAUUGGGAGUUGGACGCCUGCCGGGGGUGGCCGAUCGUGGCAAUCUCCCAUACAUCGAAGCUCUUGUGAAGGAGGUCCUUCGUUGGCAUCCCGUGGCGCCAAUGGGAAUCCCACACAUGUCCAUUGAUGAUGACACGUGGGAAGGCUAUCAUAUUCCGAAGGGAUCGUUGAUUAUGGCCAAUAUUUGGUCCAUGACCCAUGAUCCUGAAGUAUAUCACGACCCCAUGACAUUUAACCCAGAACGGUUCCUGGAGAUCGAUGGGAGAGAACCAGAGUUGGAUCCUCACACGAUCGUUUUCGGAUUCGGCCGUCGCGUUUGCCCCGGUCGUUUCCUUGCUGACAACACAAUUUAUCUAAGCGUUGCCCGGUCACUGACAGUGUUCAAUGUUAUCAAGGCUGUUGAGAAUGGUAAGGAAGUUGAUGUCAAUCCGGAAUUCCAGGCAGGUGUUAUUAGCCACCCGGUUCCAUGGAAGUUCAAUAUCAUACCACGAAGUGCAGCACAUGAGUCUCUGAUCUUGUCUGUGGAGACGGAGCAUCCUUGGGAGCAAAGCAAUGCUCCUGAUCUGGAGAAUAUCUAA